AUGUCACUCAAAGGGUCAGCUUCUGGACCACUUUCAGGUCAUGUCGAUAUUUCGACUCCGGCGCUACCACGCCCAUUCAAAAACAUGGAAGAGCGCGAGCGCCUUUCACUAUUCUUGCACGACACUGAUGAACCAUUCCACGCUUUCUCAUUGAAAAACGACAGAUCCGAGAGGUUAUCAUAUGAUGUCGAUCAAUAUUCAAGACUCACCAUCGAUGACGCCCAAGUAACUGCCGUUAAUAGUACGCACUCUUAUCGUAACAAUCGCACAUACCGGGAUAUAGUUGCGGAUUCUACCGAGUUUGCUCAUCAUUGGGAGAAGAUCGUCGUCCCCUACUUGAAGCAAACCAUCUUGAGACGCUCAGAUGUGCUGUCUGUGGGUGUGGUUCAAGCAGCGUCCGGUGACAGGAAAGAGGUCAUAAUUUUAUCCGGGCCACAAUUGGACAAUUCUCGAAAGGAUGAGCUGCGAAAUCGUAUUCUAAAAGGAUUGCCUGAAACUUUUCGGGGUACGCUUAACUUCCAUUUUUCGCAAGGAACCAUGGUUUCUGCUCAAGCACAAGAUGACACCUUUUGCGAACCAAAGAACCCUUUCUGGCACCGAAAUCCAAUGAUGGGAGAUUCGGCAGGUGUCUUUGACGAACGGUAUGAGGAUGACACUGACAAACAGGGUGGCAGAACUCUAGGCUUACUCCUCCAGAUUGAUGGAAUCGGAUACUGGGUGGUGAACUGUCACCUGCUAGAGGGGGCUAUCAAGAGCUUGAAACGUGAUCAGAUUAAACUUUACCAACCAUCGAUUCAGGACUAUGCCUGCUACAAAGACCUGCUUCCCAAGUCAGAGAGCAGUGACAAGCCACCUAUUGAUGAACUUGGACCAUUUGCUGCAUGGUCUGGAGAGCCAUACGGGACGACACGAGAGUCACUACAUCCAUUCAGCCAUGAUGGACUUGGACAUUCCGUCGUUACAGAUUGGGCCGCCUUUCAAGCUCGCAGCUCGCAUAUAAAUAAAUUGAGGAUCCCCAAUACGGAAGACGAAAGUUGUAAUUACAUCUGCUUCGGCUCCGACGUCAUCCCGGGAAGGAAAGUAAAGAUUUCUGGUCGGACUAGUGGUCUGACCGAAGCCUUUAUCUCCCUUGUCCCCUCUAUUGUUUUCCCUCACACGAGUUACCUCGAACGAGAAGGUGACCAUUUCGUCAUCAAACAUGGGAAUGGUACCGGUGUCUUGACGCGAGAGUGGGCAAUCUGUCAUGACGCCACAGUAAAAUACGAUGAAGAGUACAAGAAUUACAUCACGGAUGGCGCUGGAGUUCCGGGAGACUCCGGAUCUCCUAUCAUUGACGCCGUCAACCUAAAUUACUACGGCAUGUUAUGGGGCCGAAACGAGUACUCGAAUUGCGAGAUCGUCAACGCUUACGGGCAGGUGCAAAGGACUGUCCAUAUCCCUCGCGUCGCCUAUUUUACUCCGUAUAACGAUCUCUGCGACGAUAUCCAGGAGAAAAUGGGCUCUCGAACACGCCCAAUGCUUCCAGACGGUUCAAUACCUUCUCUAAAUGUUGUAGAAGAUGAGACACCUGGAAUUGAUCUACCUCGGCGCUCGAGUGCGGCCACUCGUUCUAAGCCUAAGCGAUCCUUACCCGAAUCAAUCAGGAAGAUGCUUGCCGUUGCUACAUCGCCACCAAGCAACACGCUUCAUGUUCCCACAUCACUUCCUAUUCGUACCGUCUAG